UCAGUCAGUAAUUGUGAAUUGAUUGGUAAAUUGUAUAGCACAGAGCCAAAAUGAUCUCCACUUUUCUUUUCAUCUGUGGCAUCUGGACUGUUGUGGCAGGUACGGCUCAGGUGAUACACAAGUCAGUUCAAGCAGCUAUAGCUGGAGAAAAUGUGACAUUGUACUGUCAGUUGGCAGAAAGCUAUGAUGUUGUUCAGGUUACCUGGCAGAAGGAGCAUGAGAAAGACAAGACCAAUAUAGCUACUUACAGCACAACUCAUGGUCCUAAAGUCCUGGGCAAAUAUCAGAAUCAUGUGCACAUUUCUCAAAGUGGGAUGAGUGUUUCUACCAUCACUUUCCAUGCUCUUACAAUAAAGGAUGAAGGUUGUUACAGCUGCAUCUUUAACACAUUUCCCUUGGGAUCCAUACCAGGCAGGACAUGUCUCAAGGUCUAUGCUCUAAAGAAGCCCCAGGUUGAUGUGAAACAUAUUAGUCCAGACAGCACAGGAAAGGAAAUGCUAAAAAUUAGCUGCUCAGUAACAGGGAGACCAGCUGCAGUGAUCACCUGGAAGGUCCCAGAAUACCUUCAGAUAAAGCCAAUCCAAUAUGUCACUUACCACUCAAACCAAACAGUGACUGUUGUGAGCAAUUUUACUUACGUGUCCUCCAAAGAUCUCUGGAAGAACUCAAUCAGCUGUGUAAUCCAACACCCAUCUUUAAACACUACACAAGAAUUAACAUUGCCUGAGAAUGUGGUAGAACAAGAUUUUCGUAAUGACAGUACAGCAGAAUCCGCAUUAAGAAAAGGCCAGGCUGAAAGAGGAAAGGAAGUGCUGCCUGAGAGCCCUCGUCCCAUCAGCUAUUGUGGGAGGAGCACAGUGAAGAUUUUUAUUUCUCUAGAAAGCCAGACGCUCUGUAGUGUUUUCCCUUCCAAUUCAUGGGUUUUUGUUGGUCCUUCAUUAUUUAGCUGGAAACAGCAGCUGCUCUCAGACGCACUCUCCUUCCCUCAUCACAGUACCAUGUAUCUUACGGUAAAGGAGGGUCUUUGUUUUCAAUGGACUUUCCAGGGCUUGACCCUGGCCAUCAUCUCUAUAAUGCUUUGCAGGAUACACGGUGCCAUUGUGACAGAGGAUAAAGAAGUAGAGCUGGGUGGCAAUGUGACCUUGAGAUGUAUCCUAACAGGGUCUCUUGAACUAGUUCAUGCUUCAUGGAAGAAACAAACUAAUGGGAGCUCUGUAAAUAUUGCAGCGUUGAGUAAGAAUAAUACACAUACAAAUGAGUAUAUUGCCAAGGAAUAUGGAAGUCGACUCAGCUUCAUGAGUUCAGCGCUCAAUGAUACUGCCAUCACCUUUUGGAAUGCUAGCAUCUCAGAAAGUAGCUGCUAUGAAUGUGUAUUUAAUAUAUUUCCCACAGGACCCAUCUCAAACAAAACCUGUCUUCUUGUAUAUGAUUUCCAUGCAUUUCUACACCAUCACAUUACUGAUGGACUCCUGAAUGCCACAUGCACAGCAACUGGUUUCCCGCCUCCUGUAAUCUCUUGGGUUGGACCAGCAGAUGAAAAGAAUGAAAGGAAGCUAGAAAAUUCCAAUGGCACAGUGUCGAUCAUCAGUAACAUACUCAUAAAUACCUCAAGUGGCCAUUAUGGCCAAGAACUGAUCUGCCGAGUCAAAUACAGAAAGCGAGAUAUAGAUUACAAAGUGCCCAGGGCAGAAAAAGGUCACUGGAAUACAGUUCCUGUGUUGCUAACUAUAUUAGCCGUAAUCUUUGUGGUGUUAAUAAUAGCAGUUGCAUGCUGGAAACAACACAAGAAAAAACACAGUGGAUUCUAAAGGAGUCAAACAACAGCUAGUAUAGUGUUUCAUGGAAAAGAGAAAUAAGGUGGCAUUCACAUCUACCUAAGUGGCAUGCCAUGAGUACAACAUCAGCAUAAAGAAGCAUCUGAUUCAUUCUGGGAUCCAUCACAGUCAGUCUUGCCUCUUUUCCCAUUUGUCACUUAAAGGAUCAAAGACCUGC